UGUUUGCAUUAUUAUUUCAUUCAUUCAUCGAUUUCGACAGUGUGUGAGACUCCGAAGCAGAAUGGGUGGUUCAGUGAGAGACGUGAAGUCAAAGGCGGAGCUCGAUGAGGUGGUGCACGGUGGCGCCGCCGUGGCGCUUCACUUCUGGGCAUCAUGGUGUGAAGCUUCCAAACACAUGGAUAAAAUCUUCUCUCACUUGUCAACUGAUUUCCCUCAUGCUCACUUCCUUAGGGUUGAAGCUGAAGAACAGCCUGAGAUUUCUGAGGCUUAUUCGGUUUCUGCUGUUCCUUUCUUUGUCUUCUGCAAGGAUGGCAAGACCGUUGAUACCUUGGAGGGAGCUGAUCCUUCAAGUUUAGCAAAUAAGGUUGCUAAAGUAGCAGGCUCAGUUAACCCUGGUGAAGCUGCAUCUCCUGCCAGUCUUGGAAUGGCUGCAGGAUCUGCUGUUCUUGAAACAGUGAAAGAAUUUGCAAAAGAUUCGAAGGAAAAAAGUCAAGUUCAAGUUGGUCAAAGUACUCCUCUAAAAAAGCGAUUGCAGCAGCUUAUUGACUCCCAUCCUAUCAUGCUUUUCAUGAAAGGAAGUCCUGAAGAGCCACAAUGCGGAUUUAGCAGAAAAGUUGUUGAUGUUUUGAAGAAAGAAAAGGUCAAAUUUGGAAGUUUCGAUAUCCUGUCAGAUUUAGAGGUUCGUGAUGGCAUAAAGAAGUUUUCUAACUGGCCUACGUUCCCUCAGCUUUACUGCAAAGGAGAACUUCUUGGUGGGUGUGACAUAGCAAUUGCUAUGCAUGAGAGUGGAGAAUUACAUGAGGUUUUCAAAGAUCAUGGGAUUGAUACCGUUGAUGAAACACAAGUAUCAGAUUCAGGAAAUGCCAAGGGUGGCAUUUCUAAAUCUACUGAUCUGAGUACAACCUUAACCUCUCGGCUGGAGAGCCUGGUAAACUCAAGCCCGGUGAUGCUGUUUAUGAAGGGAAAACCAGAUGAACCGAAGUGUGGUUUCAGUAGGAAGGUAGUUGAAAUUCUUCAGCAAGAGAGCGUUCCUUUUAACAGUUUCGACAUUCUUACUGAUGAAGAAGUUCGUCAAGGACUCAAGGUUUAUUCAAACUGGUCUAGUUAUCCUCAACUAUAUAUCAAGGGGGAGCUUAUUGGCGGAUCAGACAUUGUGUUGGAGAUGCAAAAAAGCGGAGAACUUCAGAAGAUUUUACAUGAGAAAGGGAUACUUCCAAAGGAGACCAUUCAAGAUCGUCUGAAGAAAUUGAUUGCCUCUUCCCCUGUGAUGCUCUUCAUGAAGGGUACCCCAGAUGCUCCAAGAUGUGGUUUUAGUUCCAGAGUUGUAGGUGCCCUUCAAGAGGAGGGUGUGGAUUUUGGCCACUUUGAUAUACUGACUGAUGACGAGGUGAGACAGGGAUUGAAGACAUUCUCAAACUGGCCUACCUUUCCUCAGCUCUAUUACAAAAGUGAGCUGAUAGGUGGUUGCGAUAUUGUGAUGGAGCUGCGAAAUAACGGGGAGCUGAAGUCGACUUUAUCUGAGUAGUUUUGUUAUUAUUCCAUAAAAUAACUGGGGUUGUAUCUUUGAAGCCAUUUUGGCUGUGUGUAUUGGAAUUUGGAAAGAGUCUGAUGAUACUAUACAUGACCAUUUUCGACCUGGUGUCAGGGAGGUUGUGUUGUUCGACAUUAUGAUGUUCUAUUUAUAUAUCACCUGAUUAGAGGCUA